AUGUUACAGAUCCAGGGCCUUGCGCAGAAGCUGGAUAUUGAGGGAAUGAAGUGGAAGGUUUGUGAGGAUGUGAUCUCCUCCGUACAGAACUUCCUCAUCUACGUGGCCCUGCUGCAAAUUAUUCCUUUUAUCUUAAAGAAAUUGCACAAGUGGUAUUUAGAAACCAAGAUCUGGACGCUAGAUGUGUUCAUUGCUACAGAAGUGUCAAUGCUUUCAGGCCAUUUAAACAAACACAGCUAG